UCCUAUUUUCAUGAACCUCUCCUACUUCCCGCCUUAUCUUGAUCUUUCACCCCUCUUUUUCACCUUAUUUACAUCACCUGCCACCCAUCUCUUAACCCCCUUUCACCACCCAAAUCACCAAAAUGGCAUUUCUGUAAAUUUACCAAAAACCAAGGGCUAUUAACAACAGGGAUGGAGGGUAUGGUAAACACUAAACAAACCAAAGAAAGACCCAUAAAGAUUCAAACUUUAUUAUAUUCUUGACAUCAUAGAUAUUGAUACAGUAGCUAAGCAACUGUUUUGAGCUUUGACAUUGAUGGAAAACAGCAAAUGAGGUAACAACAAAUCCAAACAGUCUUUAAAGACUCUUUACCCUACUCACUUUCCUCUUUUUAGAACCCUAAAAACUUCAUAGCACAUCAUGUUCUGUUGCAAGAUGCAAUCUUUAUUUGCUAAGAUUCAAGAAAUCCAUUGGGUUCAGAGGUUAGGGUUGUUUGGAGCCACCUAGGUUGAGAUGCAGAUCUUUGUGUUUUUAGUUUUUUCUUUAGGGUUUGAAAUUGUUACAGUUGAAAGCUCUGAAAAGGGUGUGUUUUGCAAGAAAAAAAGAAGGGUUUGGUGAAAUAUUUGGUCUUGAUCUUGUAAACAUGCUAAAAAAGUAGGUUUAUUUUGUUAUUUUUAGUUUAAUUUCAAGUGGGUAUUUGUUAUAAUUAGUGGGUUUUGGGUUUAAUAGCUGGUUUGAGAGGUUUUAGUGAAAAAAGAGAUCAAAAAGUGGAAAAAGAUUGUGUUUUUAGUGUUAAUUUCAAGUGGGUAUUUGUUAUAAUUAGUGGGUUUUGGGUUUAAUAGCUGGUUUGAGAGGUUUUAGUGAAAAAAGAGAUCAAAAAGUGUAAAAAGAUUGUGUUUUUAGUGUUAAUUUCAAGUGGGUAUGUGUUAUAAUUAGUGGGUUUUGGGUUUAAUAGCUGGUUUGAGAGGUUUUAGUUAAAAAAGAGAUCAAAAAGUGGAAAAAGAUUGUGUUUUUAGUGUUAAUUUCAAGUGGGUAUUUGUUAUAAUUAGUGGGUUUCGGGUUUAUUGGCUGGUUUAAGAGGUUUUAGUGAAAAAAAAGAUCAAAAAGUGGAAAAAGAUUGUGUUUUUAGUGUUAAUUUCAAGUGGGUAUGUGUUAUAAUUAGUGGGUUUCGGGUUUUUCGGCUGGUUUGAGAGGUUUUAGUGAAAAAAAGAGAUAAAAAGGUGAAAAAAGAUUGUGUUUUUAGUGUUUUCUAGUGUUUAUCUUUUAGGGUUUGAGAGCAUCAGAACAGAAAGCUAAGAAAAGGGUGUGAUUUGCAAGAAAAAAAGAAGGGUUUGGUGAAAUACUUGUUCUUGAUCUUGUAAACAUGCCAACAAAAUGGGUUCAAGUUAUUAGUUUUUAGCAAUUUCUAGUAUUAUUUCAAGUCGGAACGUGUUAUUAUUAGUGGGUUGUGAGUUAAUCAGCUGGUUUGAGAGGUUUUAGUGGAAAAAGAGAUCAAAAGGUGAAAAAAGACUGUUUUUUUUCUUCGGUUUUGAGUGAUGAUGGCAAUGGCCUGCAAGGAUGGUAAAGGGGCGAUAAUGGAUAACGGGAAAUAUGUUCGCUACACACCUGAGCAGGUUGAAGCACUCGAAAGACUUUAUCAUGAAUGUCCGAAACCGAGUUCUCUUCGACGUCAACAGCUCAUUCGAGAAUGCCCGAUUUUGUCGAACAUCGAGCCUAAACAGAUUAAAGUUUGGUUCCAGAAUCGAAGAUGUCGAGAAAAACAGAGAAAAGAAGCUUCACGCCUUCAAACUGUGAACCGAAAGCUGUCAGCCAUGAACAAGCUUUUAAUGGAAGAAAAUGAUAGAUUGCAAAAACAAGUGUCACACCUUGUGUACGAAAAUGGCUACUUUCGGCAGCAUACUCAAAAUACUGCACUUUCUACUAAAGACACUAGCUGUGAAUCGGCUGUGACAAAUGGUCAACACCGAUUGACACCUCAACACCCUCCACGGGAUGCUAGUCCUGCAGGACUUUUGUCCAUUGCAGAAGAAACUUUAGCAGAGUUUCUUUCGAAGGCAACCGGAACCGCUAUUGAGUGGGUCCAAAUGCCUGGAAUGAAGCCUGGUCCGGAUUCCAUUGGAAUCGUUGCUAUUUCUCAUGGUUGCACUGGAGUGGCAGCACGAGCAUGUGGUUUGGUUGCUCUCGAGCCUACACGGGUUGUGGAAAUCCUCAAGGAUCGCCCCUCGUGGUUUCGUGAUUGCCGAGCUGUUGAUAUCCUCAACGUGCUACCUACCGCCAAUGGUGGAACCAUUGAGAUCCUAUACAUGCAGCUUUUUGCUCCUACAACUUUGGCUACUGCUCGCGACUUCUUGUUGUUACGCUAUACUUCUGUGACGGAAGAUGGCAGUUUAGUGGUUUGUGAAAGAUCACUAAACAACACCCAAAAUGGUCCAAGCAUACCGUCAGUUCCAAACUUUGUACGAGCCGAAAUGCUGUCUAGUGGUUACUUAAUUAGACCCUGUGAAGGUGGUUCGAUAAUUCAUAUUGUCGAUCAUAUGAAUUUAGAGGCGUGGAGUGUCCCAGAAGUCUUGCGCCCGUUAUAUGAAUCGUCAACCAUGCUUGCUCAAAAAACUACAAUGAUGGCGUUACGUCAACUAAGGCAAAUUGCUCUCGAACUUUCACAAUCGGGUGCCCCGAAUAGUUGGGGCCGAAGACCCGCAGCAUUAAGGGCACUUAGCCAGAGGUUAAGCAGGGGUUUUAACGAGGCUCUAAACGGGUUUAACGAUGAGGGGUGGUCAUUAAUGGCAAACGACGGAGUUGAUGAUGUCACCAUUCUCGUUAACUCUUCACCCGAAAAGCUUAUGGGAUUGAACUUACCUAUUGCAAACGGGUACCCGUCAGUUAGUAAUGCCGUCUUGUGCGCGAAAGCAUCAAUGCUUUUACAGAAUGUUCCUCCGGCUCUCUUGCUUCGGUUUUUAAGGGAACACCGUUCAGAAUGGGCGGAUAACAAUAUGGAUGCUUAUUCGGCUGCCGCUGUUAAACUCGGUCCAUGUAGCCUACCGGGGGCGCGAAUUGGUAGUUUCGGAGGUCAAGUGAUUCUUCCCCUGGCCCACAUGGUUGAGCAUGAAGAGUUGUUGGAGGUUAUUAAGAUGGAGGGUGUUGGGCAUUGUCCCGAAGAAUCCUUAAUACCGAGAGAUAUGUUUCUCCUGCAACUAUGCAAUGGAAUGGAUGAGAACGCCGUUGGCAUGUGUGCCGAACUCAUAUUCGCCCCCAUCGACGCUUCUUUCGCUGACGACGCACCUCUUUUGCCUUCUGGUUUUCGUAUCAUUCCUCUUGAUCCAACUAAGGAUGGUUCGACUCCGAAUCGCACCCUCGAUCUCGCUUCUGCUCUUGAAAUCGGUGGGUCCGGGACUAAACUUUCAAGCAACCAUAAUGUUGCUAGUGGCACUGCAAGAUCCGUGAUGACAAUCGCGUUUGAAUUUGCAUGCGAGAGUCACAUGCAAGAAACCGUUGCAACUAUAGCCCGUCAAUAUGUCCGGUCCAUUAUAUCUUCGGUUCAAAGGGUUGCAUCGGCUUUAUCUCCUAACAUGAACCAUAACGGUCCCCUUCAUGCACCAUUAGGCACCCCUGAAGCACAUAUUCUGGCUCGAUGGAUUUCCCGCAGCUACAGUUGUUACUUGGGUGUGGAGCUGCUUAAAUCUGGAAGCGAAAACGUUUUGAAAUCGCUUUGGAGCCACUCGGAUGCAAUCAUGUGCUGCUCUCUUAAGGCAUUGCCAGUGUUCACGUUUGCUAACCAGGCUGGGCUAGAUAUGCUUGAGACGACAUUGGUUGCACUUCAAGACAUAAGUUUGGAAAAAGUUCUCGAUGAGCAUGGGCGAAAAGGUCUUUUCGCAGAAUUUGCACAGAUAAUGCAACAGGGUUUUGCAUGCCUUCAAGGAGGAGUAUGCUCAUCUAGCAUGGGGCGACCCGUUUCCUAUGAAAGAGCCGUGGCGUGGAAAGUACUGAACGACGAAGAAAACCCUCACUGUAUUUGCUUCAUGUUCAUCAACUGGUCGUUUGUUUGAUGAAUAGUAAGUUAUUUUGAAUUUAAAGAUUCCACUAUGUUUGGAUGGAUUCUCUUGUGGUUUGAUGUAUAAACCGGUAAACCCUACUGCUAUUUAUUACUAUUAUUGUAUGUAGUACUUGCGCCGGAUCUUGUGUUGUUCCUAGUAGCUAUGCUAUUUAUUUCGGUUGACACGCGUUUGUGGUUCGUUUAA